UGCCAUCCCUCAUCAUUCACUUUCCUCCUACCCCCAUUCACACUCCACACCACCUCUCUCUCUCUCUCUCUCUCUCCUCUUUUAAAUCCUCCUCCCUUCCCCUCCACUUCUCCAAAUUAAUAGUCACUUCCACUAACUAAUUCUUGUGUGCGGCUGAGAAAUGCCGCUAAAUUUGGCGGCCGCCUGGUGCUGCAUUUCGGUCAUCACUCUCUCUGCCAUUGUUGGCGCCGACGACCCCUACCGCUUCUUCGAUUGGAAUGUCACUUACGGCGACAUUUAUCCCCUCGGCGUUCGCCAACGUGGGAUUCUGAUUAACGGCCAAUUCCCAGGCCCUGAUAUACACUCGGUCACAAACGAUAACCUCAUUAUCAAUGUGUUUAACAGCUUGGAUGAGCCUUUUCUACUCUCCUGGAACGGGAUUCAACAGAGGAGGAACUCAUUUGAAGAUGGAGUUUAUGGAACAACAUGCCCCAUUCCUCCUGGGAAGAACUUCACAUACAUACUCCAAGUGAAGGAUCAGAUUGGAAGCUUUUACUAUUUCCCUUCGCUUGCAUUCCACAAAGCUGCCGGUGGUUUCGGAGGUAUCAGGAUCCUCAGUCGACCUAGAAUUCCAGUCCCGUUCCCAGAUCCCGCCGGCGACUACACCGUCUUGAUUGGGGAUUGGUACAAAUCUAAUCACACGGAUUUGAAGGCAAUUCUAGAUCGAGGCAAGAAGUUGCAUUUUGCUGACGGAAUACUUAUUAAUGGUCGCGGGCCUAAUGGGGUCUCUUUCAAUGUUGAACAAGGAAAAACAUACAGGCUUAGAAUAUCUAACGUUGGACUGCAAAAUUCACUCAACUUCCGCAUUCAGGGUCACAAGAUGAAAUUGGUGGAGGUGGAGGGAACACACACUCUCCAAACAACCUACUCAUCGUUAGACGUUCAUCUCGGCCAAUCAUAUUCCGUCCUUGUGACGGCUGAUCAGCCCGCUCAGGACUACUACGUUGUUGUGUCCACCCGUUUUACUAAUCCGGUCCUCACCACCACCGGCGUGCUUCGGUACAGCAACUCUGCUGGGCCGGUCUCUGGCCCACCUCCUGGCGGCCCCACUAUUCAAGUUGAUUGGUCAUUAAACCAGGCACGUUCUAUCAGGACUAAUCUGACAGCAAGUGGACCGAGGCCAAAUCCACAAGGUUCAUAUCACUAUGGUAUGAUAAACACCACCAAAACAAUAAGGCUUUCAAACUCUGCGGGUCUUAUAAAUGGCAAGCAAAGAUACGCUGUAAACAGCGUGUCCUUUGUGCCAGCAGAUACCCCUCUGAAGCUUGCCGAUUACUUCCAAAUUGGAGGAGUUUUUCGUGUUGGGAGUAUCUCCGAUAACCCUACCGGUGGAGGAAUGUACCUUGAUACUUCUGUUUUGGGUGCUGACUACAGAGCAUUUGUCGAAAUUGUGUUUGAAAAUACAGAGAACAUCAUUCAAAGUUGGCAUCUCAAUGGGUACUCUUUCUUUGUAGUGGGAAUGGAUGGAGGGUUGUGGUCGUCCGCUAGUAGGAAUCAAUAUAAUCUCCGUGAUGGAGUCGCACGAUGCACCGUUCAGGUGUACCCAAGUUCAUGGACUGCUAUCUAUGUUCCACUCGACAAUGUGGGUAUGUGGAAUUUGAGAUCGGAGUUUUGGGCGCGACAGUAUCUUGGGCAGCAGCUCUAUCUCCGUGUAUUUACGGCAUCAACGUCUCUAAGAGACGAAUACCCCAUUCCGAAAAAUGCACUUCUCUGCGGCAGGGCCAGCGGCCGCCAUACGCGGCCCCUAUGAAACCCCCUAUGUGGUGAUCCAUUAGCUAGGCUACGGAGAGCUUGUCUGCCUGCCUAAUGUGGGGCAUUUGAGACCACGGUUUUUGUUUGUUUGCUUGUUUGUUUGAACUGUUAAGAAGUUUGAACUGUUAUUCUUAGGUGCUGUAUGAAGCACUGGUGCAAUAUGAGGAACAUGUAUCAGUAGAUCAAUAUUGUAAAUGACCUUAACUCGAGGUCAUAUUCUUUCAGUUCUGAUUGAUUACUUACUAUUGUAUUACGUACUCUUGUUAUAUAAGUUCCCUGCUAAAGAAGAAAUGUUGAACCUGCUGAA